AUGAGCAAUGAGAGGAACAGAGAUUGGAAGGUGGAAGGAAUCACACCCUCAUUCACCUACUUCUCACUCCCUUUCUGUCUCCCUCCAUCCUCACACCCUUGUUCAACCUUCAUUUUCUCCCUCCCCUUACUCACCACCUUCUCUCUCUUCCUCAUAGGCGGGGGUCGAAGGAGGGUGACAGCCGCUGAAGUGAGGGAGGUCGUGAACGCCGCCCUCGAGGAACAACUGCAGCCGCUCCACACCGCCCUCGGCCUCAUCCGCCUCGACACCUUCACUGAGCACGUGCAUCGACAGCUGUCCACCCUUGAGCACAUCCAGGGCAAGCUGCUAACGGAGUACGGAGAGCUGAAAGCCGCCGUUGGAGAGGUCGGCAAGAACACGGUGGAGCUGAUGAAGCAAAUGGCGGCUCUGGAUGCUCGUGUGACGGCCCUGGACCGCUCUUCGCCCCAACGACACCCACAGGAGACCAUCAUGUCACGCCUCGACUCGGAGGACUACCCACAAGCCCCCGUGAGCUCGGAGGUGACACAGGUGACCCGAGUCGUGCGCGAAGCCGUGGCCUCCAUCAGCGACCGCCUCCAGGCCACGGAGAGGAGGUUCAAGGAGGACUUAGCCACGCUGGAGAAUCGCACAACCCAGGCCAUGAGGAAGACCCACGUGGACCUGGACCGCCGCCUCGCCACCGCAGGACACGACAGCAUCCUCAUCCUGAACACCCUGGAUCAGCUGGCCAACAAUACGUGCCCCGGGGACAGGCGCGGAGGCUUGGGCGGUCCGGAGCGACGAGGCAUCUCCCCCAGCCUCUCGCGGUCCCGGCAACAGCGGACCUACCUGACGGGGGCCAAGGAGAGGUCGGCGCAGGAUGAUCUCGCAUACUUCCCCACUGAGAACGGCGUGGAGAAGGAGGCACCAGGAGCUCGCAGUGACGGGCGGAGGAGAGGCGACGUGGACGAGUCUGGGUCCUGGCAGAUGCGGGGCGUGCAGGGGCGGCCCAUCACGGAGGUCCAAUCACUCAACCUGGGGAUGGUGACUCGCCUGGCCUCGGAGAUCGCCAGGCAGAUGACCGAGGAGGACGCAGUCAGCACUCAACCCCGGGAUUGCGCCGCCGUAGCCGCUGCAGGAGAGACAACCAGCGGCGUCUACACCAUCUACCCCGCCUCCUGCACCGCCCGCUUCUCCGUGCAGGUGUGGUGUGAGCUGGAGGAAGGAGGACCCUCGUGGACGGUGAUCCAGCGCCGCGGCUCCAAGACCUCCGAGACGCCUCACCCCGUCGUGGACUUCUUCAGGAGCUGGGCGGAGUACAAGUGGGGCUUCGGCAACCUGGAGGGGGAGUACUGGCUCGGCCUCGAGUACAUCCAUCAGCUGACUCAAUCCGGGGACUACGAGCUGAGGGUGGACCUACAGGACUGGGCCAACGAGACGCGCUGGGCCAAGUACGAGCACUUCUCCCUCUCCCACGAGGACCACAACUACACGCUCUCCCUGGGCGACUACGAGGGCACGGCAGGUAACUCGCUCAGGUACCACCAGGGCGCUCCCUUCAGCACACGAGACCGGGACAACGACUUCAACCCUCGAGGACACUGCGCCAGGACCUUCCACGGCGCCUGGUGGUUCACGGCUUGUCACGAGUCUCACCUGAACGGGCGCUACCACCACGGCCGUCACAAGAGCUACGGGGACGGGAUCAACUGGAUGGCUUUCCGCGGACACAACUACUCCUUGAAGUACUCCAGGAUGAUGAUAAGGAGGACCAACAUCUAAGCCGGCGAGGGUAGAGCAAAGAAAAGGAAAGAAGAGAGAGGGAAGAAAACAAAAUGGAUAAAAAAGUAAGGUGUUCUGUGCACUCUAGAAUCUUGUCUUGCACGUAGUUUGGGAGAAGAAAAGAGGAGGAGGAGGAGGAGGAGGAGGAAGAAGAAGUGCGUAAAUAGAAGUAAGUGGAGGAGAAGGAGUCGGAGGUAGUGGUAUUGAUGGAGGAGUUUGCAAAGAUUCAUAGCGCGUUAAGCAAACAUUACACGUGAUUAGUUAGUCGAUCAAUUAGAAAAAAAAACACUGCAUGCAUGAGGAUGAUCAAUGGCGUAGAAGGAGGAGGAAGAGGAGAAAGAGAAGAGAAAAUAUGAAAUGAUGAAAGACAAAAAGGAAAAAGGAAACUGAAUAUUCAACGAGGCAAAUUGGACUUACAGAAUCUACAAACGAAGCAGGAAAACUUAAUAAAAAUCGGAGAACUGAUAGAAAAAAAUUACUUGGCAUUGGACAAAAAGGAGAAAGAGAAAUGUCAGAAGAGAGAAAACAUAAAGAAAACCGAUGUUUUAAAUUUGUAUAGGACGAAAACAUAG